AUGCCUUUGACAAAGCUAACAAGAAAGGGUUUAAAGUUCGUGAGGGAUGCCAAUUGUGAAGAAAAUUUCAAAGAACUUAAGCCAAGAUUGACUACGACGCCUGUUCUCGUUGUGCCUAAUAGUGAUGAACUGUUUGUGGUAUUCACUGAUGCCUCUAGUACUAGUUUAGGUGGAGUUCUCAUGCCAAAUGACAAGGUUGUUGCCUAUGCUUCACGCCAAUUGAAGCCACAUGAGAAGGACUAUCCCACACAAGAUUUGGAACUUGUAGCAAUGAUUUUUUCCUUGAAAAUUUGGAGAUCAAAUGUGGUCGCUGAUGCAUUAAGUAGAAAACCUCAUGGUACUUUGGCUUGUUUGGCUCUUGAGGAGUGGAAAAGAACGAUCACGGUUAAGCAAUGUCAGUGGCAAGAUGAGAAAUUGAGACUUAUCUGGAAUCAAAUCCAAAAUGGUGAGCAGUUAGAUGGAUGGACAGUAAAUGUUGAAGGACUCUUAUACCAUAAGGGAAGAUUAGUCGUUGCAAAUAUCCCUGAUCUUAGAGAGUCUAUUAUGAUUGAGGCCCAUAGGUCUAAGUUUGUUGUACAUCCUGGAAGCACAAAGAUGUACCAAGAUUUGGAAAGACAAUAUUGGUGGGAAGGUAUGAAGAGAGACGCGACUAACUUUGUAGCUAAGUGUAUGGUUUGCCAACAGGUUAAAGCUAAGCACCAGAGACCUUCGGGGUUGCUUCAACCUUUACCUAUACCAGAAUGGAAGUGGGACGAGAUCACGAUGGACUUUGGGAUGGGAUUACCAUUAACACCAUUAAAACAUGACACUGUUCGGUUGAUUGUCGAUCGUUUGACCAAAUCUGCUCAUUUCAUUCCAAUUAGGAAGGAUUGUAAGGUUUCUAAACUAGCUCGAAUUUAUGUGGGUAAUAUACUUCGACUGCAUGGGUUGCCUUCCAGCAUUGUUUCAUAG